ACGUUUUUCACGUUAUAAGACAGAAAUUUCAACACUCUAUUGUAUCUGUUAUCUAUCAUCAUAUCAUCCUCCAUUGCACUUGUAAUAUUGUAUCGAAGAGAGAAACUUAAACACUCUGAUUGGCUGAGCUGAGCUGAACAGGGAAUUGAAGGAAUGGCAGCUGAAGCUGUGGUUACUUUUGGUGUGGAGGGAAUACUGAGCAAGGUGCUUUCACUUGCUUCGAAAGAAUUCAGUCUUGCAUUGGGUUUCAAAUCUCAACUCAGAAAGCUUCGAUACUCAUUAACCGACAUUGAUCGUUUCUUGGUUGCUGUUGCCGACCAACCACAAGGUGGGCCAAUAGAGGACUGGGUGAAGAAACUUAAAGACGUAGCUCAUGAUGCUGAGGAUGUCUUGGAUGAAUUCGAGUACGAAGUUGCUCGGCGUAAAGUCGAAAUCCAAAACCAUAUGAAGAAAAAGGUUCUUAACUUCUUUUCACUCUCUAAUCCACUUGCAUUUCGUCUUCAAAUGGCGCAUAAAAUAAAGAAGAUCAAUGCAUGCUUGGUGGAUCUCAAGAGUGAAGCAUCCCUUCUUGGACUAGUUUCCAGGAAUAAAGAUGCAACUCCUCGAGGAAAUAGAUGGGACAGACAAACCAACUCACUAAUUGGCAGAGAUGAAAUAACUGUUGGAAGGGGAGAGGUUGUGACAAAAAUAGUUACAACCUUGACCGACCCCAAGUACAACCAAGAAAAUCCUGCUGUUAUGGCCAUCGUGGGAAUGGGUGGCCUCGGAAAAACAACAUUGGCCAAGUCGGUUUAUAAUGAGGAUCUGAUACACAAGCAUUUCGAGACGAGAAUAUGGGUUUGUGUAUCGAACACUUUUGAUGUUGAUUUAAUUCUACUUAAGAUGUUAGAACAACUCAAACCGGCAAACGCCCCUUCCUUGAAAGAUAACCAGGAAGCUCUGCUUAAGUUCCUUAAUGAAGAGUUGGAAGAUAAAAGAUACUUACUCAUACUUGAUGACGUUUGGAACGAAGAUUCUGAAAAAUGGAAGAAUUUGAUGGAAUGUUUUUUUAAGCUUAAGUCUGAUGGGGGAUCCAAAAUUAUAGUCACUACUCGCAGUGCCAAAGUCGCAUCAAUCUCAGAAAAGCUACUUCCACGAUGUGAAUUGGGAAAACUUUCCGUGGAUGAAUGUUGGUCCAUCAUGAAAGAUAGAGCUUUCCCCAAUAGCAGUGCUAAUAUAGCUCAUGAAUUCCAGACAAUUGGAAUGGAGAUUGCUGAAAAUUGUGGUGGUGUUCCAUUAGUGGCAAAGGUUGUAGGAGGCAUUUUGCACACUAAAAAAAGUAUUGAAGAAUGGUCGCUGUUUAAAGAUAGUAGAAUAUGGGGCAACCUACCAAAAGGAGAAAAUAGAAUUAUGUCAGUCUUGAAGUUGAGUUUUGACAAUUUAGAAUCAUCAUCAUUGAAGCAAUGUUUUACAUAUUGCUCAUUGUUCAAGAAAGAUUUUGAAAUUCAAAGAGAGAGCUUGGUUCAACUUUGGAUGGCUCAAGGAUUACUCCACCCUGCACUCGAUGAAGGUAAAGAUACGGAGGAAAUAGGCAAUGAAUAUUUUGAUAUUCUACUGCAAAGCUCCUUAUUUCAAGAUGCUUCAGUGAGUGACAAUGGCAUUGUUAGCAAAUGCAAGAUGCACGAUCUUGUGCACGAUUUGGCAAAACUUAUAUCCAAAUCCGAAAUCUUGACGGGAGACUUAUGUGGCAUAGGCUCACUUGAGAUUCGACAUGUUGCUCAUGUUUCUACUUUUGUACUGGAAAACAUUCUAGAAAGAAGUGAUGGAAAAUUGCGGUCACUGUUUUUCAACGAUGGUGAAGUUCCUUCCAACAUUCUUCCACGAUUCAAAACUUUACGUGUCUUAAAUUUAAGCAAUGCUAAUAUUGAAGAAUUUCCAGUUUCAAUUGGUAAGCUGAAACACUUGAGGUAUCUUGACAUUUCUAAAACAAGAUUCAAAAUACUCCCCAUGUCUAUAGGCAAGCUCUAUAACCUACAGACGUUAAGAGCAACAAAUUGUGCCCUUAAAGAGUUUCCAAAAGAACUGCAAAACUUGAUCAACCUGAGGCAUAUUUAUUUUGAUAAGAGUACGAAAUUUCCACAGGGGAUUAGGCGAUUGACUUGCCUUCGAACACUACCUUACUUUUCGGUGGGUAAUGAGAUUGGUCGUCGAAUUGAAGAGUUGGCUGGCUUAAAUCAAUUGAAAGGUAAAUUAAUCAUUUGUAAUCUGAAGCACGUAAAGAAUGGAGAAGAAGCAAAGAAAGCUAAGUUGGAGGAUAAGAGGAAAAUAUGCCAUUUAAGCUUCCAAUGGACAAAAAAUAGGUCAAUAACCAACAACAAUAAGGAGGGGGAUGUACUGGAAGGCCUUCGACCGCAUUCUGAGUUGGAGAGCUUGAGUAUUGAAAAUUUCAUGGGCAAUAAGUUUCCAUCAUGGAUGAUGAGUAGGUCAUUACUGCUCAACAACUUGAAGAAGAUUCAAUUACUUGGAUGCGACAAAUGUGAUGGAGUCCCACCGCUCGGUCAUCUACCCAAUCUUACAGAGCUUAAGAUUAACGGCAUGGCUAACAUGAAAUGUGUUGGAGCUGAGUUCUACGGUUAUGAUCAUGUCCACAAUGUAGCCACGACAAGUAAGGAGAUAAUUACUUUGUUUCCUGCACUAAAAGUACUAAAUAUUUCUAGGUGUGGUAAUCUAAUUGAAUGGAAGGAAGCACCAACGAUGUCAGCACAAAAAGUAGUGGUUUUUCCAUGCCUCGAGAAGUUGACCAUAAAAGGCUGUUCCAAAUUGAGAAAUGUUCCAAGUCAUUUUCCAUCUCUUCAAAAGUUGAAGAUAAUUUCUAGUGAUAGUGGAAAGCCAAUAGAAGAAAUAAGCAGUGGAUUAACAACUCUCAAUUUCCUCAUAAUAAGAAGUAUUCAGGAGCUUACUUGUUUGCCGCAAGGGAUUUUGAAGAACAAUAAUAAUCUCUCCUCUCUGGAGAUAAGAGAUUGCAAUGAUUUAACUUGUAUUGCCCCCGAUGUAUUUGGAUCGUGGGGCUCUCUUGAGAGAUUGGAUAUUUGGAAAUGUGAAAAGCUGAGGCAUUUGGCGGAUGGGCUAGAUACACUCCCUCUCCUUGAGGAACUGACUAUUAAGGAAUGUCCUAGUCUAGAGCUGAUUCCAAUUACACAUGGCAUGGCAUCUCUACGGGAAUUAGUGAUCGAGUAUUGUGGACGAUUGUCAAGCCUACCGAGUGGGUUGGAGUACUGCACCUCUCUCCAGAAAUUGAAAAUUUGGGAAUGUAAUGGAUUAUCAGGCCCACUGAAUGUAUGGGCCUCUCUUGUGGAAUUGAUAGUAUGGAGAUGCAACAACCUGACAUUGAUUGAAAUUAAAGGCGGCAUAUCCUCUCUUCAGAAGUUGACAUUCAGCAAUUGCAAAGAAUUAUCAAGCUUACCUGCUCUUCCACAACAAUGUCCCUCUUUGCAGCAUUUGGAGAUGAGUGAAUGCCCAAAGGUAGCAUCGUUUGGUGUCAAAAGUAGUGGCAUUAGUCUACAAUCUACUUCAGAUUUGCGCACCAUGACCUCCCUUCGAGUAUUGAGUAUUAGUGAAUGCGAAGGAUUGGAAAGUUGGGUGAGUGGGCUGCAAUUCCCACUCUCUCUUGGGUCGCUGAUAAUACAAGGUUUCCCUAAUUUAGAGAUUCUUCCAAGUUUAGACAACCUCAAUUCUCUCGGUUAUUUGGAGAUUAGAAAUUGGCGAAAGCUAAAAUAUCGGCCGACGGGGUUACAACGGCUCCCGCGCUUGGAGUAUUUGAGCAUCGGUGGGUUCUGGGAGGAGCUCGAGUCCUUCCCUUUCCCUGAUUUUCAAGUUGGAUCAUUAAUGCACCUUGCAACCUUAUACUUGUUUGGUUGGCCUAAGCUCAAGUCUCUGCCUCAACAAAUUCAACACCUCACUUCUCUAACAUCAUUGUGGGUAUAUAACAUUGACGGAGUGGAGACUUUGCCAGAAUGGUUGGGUAGCCUUGCAUCCCUUACAGAGCUGCAGAUUUGGAAUUGCAAGAAUCUGGCCAACUUACCAAGUGUCCAAGCAAUGCAACGCCUCACCAAAUUACAUACCCUGUUUAUUGAGGGAUGUCAUCCCCUUUUAAAGCAACGAUGCAGCAGGGACAGCGGCACAGAUUGGCCUAAGAUUUCUCACAUUCCGUAUAUCGAAAUCCGGAGUCAUACAGCAGUCGGAUUGAAUGUACACAACCAAUGAGUUGCGGAAAAACCAAAUUUCAUUGUGUGCAAGGCCACAUUUCUCUGAGAUUACUUGUAUUCCAGUUUUAUGUACAAACGACUCCAAAUGGCUCCAACUUCCACAUUGAAAUUAAUUCAUAGGCAUCUAUAUAUCUUUUGGCAUGCAUUGGCGUUUUUCAGGAUGCUCAAUAUGUGCAAACUGAAUACAGGUAAAGAAUUCUCAGUUGCAAUGCUGAGUUGGGGACUAAUAAUUUGGCGAAUUUAAGAAAUCUGCGGAAAGGUCUACAUACCCGAAAUUGAUAAAAUUCACCAUUGGCGGGUUAUGGGAGGAGCUCAAUUCCAUUCCUGAUGUUCAAGGUUGAUCAUUGCAGCUUGAAUCCUUACAUUUGAAAGGGUGGCCAAAGCUCAAGUCUCUCAUCAAAUUCAACACUUAACUUCUUUAACUACUUUAUGUAUCAACUACUUGAGGGAGUGGAGGCUUUACCAGAGUUGUUGGGUAACCUUACAUGCCUUAUAGGGCUGACGAUUAGGAAUUACAAGAAAUUGAUGAAUCUAUCCUUUGCAAAAGUUAUGCAACGUGUCGCCACUUUACUGUCGCAGCAAAUUAAGCAAUCAAGCUCGUUGGACCUCGAUAUUACUCAUGAGAGUCUUCGAGGGAUUUUUUCGUUCAUGGAACCCACUCUGCCUCAGCCCUCAGCGGUGGCAGGGAAUGCUGUUGAGGAUAUAAACUUUUAUGGCCUAGGAAACAAAAAUGCUAGAGGAGAGGUGUUCCUGCUGCGAAAAUUGCAACAUAUAAACAUUUACUUCUUGUUGGCACUAUGUUGGAGCAUGUAGUUGCUUAAAUGUCUCGUAAGGUUGCUGAGAAAUUUACGUUGCCAUCAAAUUCGAAGGGGACUUAAUUGUUUAUCCUUUAGAGGAUUACUUUUGGUUCAACAACUCAGACUUGUUCUCUUUGUGAUUUUAAUAUUAACGUGGUCAGUAAUUCUUCUCAACUGGCAUUUUCUUCAUUAUCUUCAAUUGACAAUCAAGAGUUUCAACUUCUAAGAGUGAUUUGAAUUCAGUUGACUUUUGUAUCUGUGAUUGAUGACCCUCGAGUAACUUGAUGAAUAGAGUGUGCCCACACUAUUGCAGAAAUUAGGCAGAAUUGGGAUUUCGAUCAACACUCAUGCGUGGAUCAGUAUCAUUCUUCAACUUCAAUCAUGUUUCCAUAUCAUCAAAUCUUAAUUUGGAUACAAAUUGAUCUUUAGAAGAUGGGGCUUCCUAGCAUCCUUUGUGCCCUGCAUUGCUUUCAAAGGAGAUUGCAAGAAGCAGCCAACUGUUGUAUAAAGGGAGAGCUUGAGAUUAAAAGUGAAAAAACUAUUGUACAUUGUUAUAGUAAAAAUUGGAGAAACUACUAAAUGUGGACAUAGCCCUGCGUAUUGAAGGUUCGUACAGUCCUAUGGAAGGUCCGUACAGUUCUUUGUGCCCUCGUAUGGAAGGUUCAUACAAUCCUAUGGACUUAGUAUUGUCUUUAAUGAAAGAAAGAAAUUCUGGAUGUUUUAUUGGAGAUGACAGUCUGUAAAAUGAGUUGCAGCAUAUAAUGUGUGCUUUUCUCCUUUUAUUUUACAUCGAACAAUCUAAACAAAUUUUUUUUCUUCUGUUUUUCAGGCUUUCUCCAUUUCAUAUUCACCUUGAGCUUAUUAGUCUUCUAAAAUGAUGAUAACGAUGGCAUAGAAGUCAUCUCUGUUGCGAAACAAAGCUUUCUCUUUUGCUUGUAAAAUAGUAGAUUCUUUGACAUGGAAUGCCAUAGCGAUGUCGGUGCAGGUCCAUAUUGUGUACUUGGGGUCACUCUUCCUGAUGGUGUUUACUCACCAGUCUCAACACCUUAGAGUUCUACAGAGAGUUCUUGGGCCGGGAAGAUAUGUAGUGUCUGUUCUUUUAAGCAGAAAAUUCAAGCUGCAAACAACAAGAUCUUCGGAAUUUAUGGGAUUAAGUGAUAAAGUUAGUGGAAAUGCCACUAUUGAGAGUGACAUUAUUGUUGUUGUUAUCGGCAGUGGGAUUUGGCCAGAAUCUAAGAGCUUUAAAACAAAUGUCUUGGUCCUCCUCCCUAAAGGCUGAAAGGUGCUUCUGAAGGUAGCUUCACUGGCAACAAGUUACUCCUACAAACAUAUGUGAAUUCUCUACGCCAUUUCCUUUAUCUGCAGGCAGAAUUGGGAUUCCGGUGGAAACUCAUGCACGAAUCAUUUCUCACACUUCCAUGUUUCGUUCUCAAAAUAUCUUAACUUGGACAAACUGGCAAGCAGCAUGGGUGAUGGAACUGAGGUCUUGGACGUGCAAGCAGCAGCCAAACUGUUGGAUACUAGACAAGAAAAAGAAGAGCGAGAGCUUGAGAUUGAACCGUAGCAAGCUGGAAUUAGCAGCUCCUUUUCAUCAGUCAACUCCGAGGCCUCAAACAAGCAAUGUAGACUGAUCGGAUAAAGAUAACUUCUUCAUGAAUGUUGUCAAAUGGUUUCUACCACAACAUAUGAACAAUUGGUGCUAAUUCGAGCUCUGUAGCAUUUCCAGUUCAUCCCACUCCAACGGAUGUUCAGAUUCUCGGCUCAUGAUAUUCAGUCAGAUUGUAGGGUUCAAAACUUCAACUUAAAGUGCUCAAAUGAAAGCCACUUCUUCAUGAAAGUUCGUACAAAUUGUGUCCACUUUAACAUAUUUAAAGUUGGUUAUGAUUUACUCACUGUGGAAUUCUGUAUGCUCAAAACACCGAAGCAUGUUCUGAGGAAACUGUAGCAGCUACCUUUGGACUUCUAGCUUCAAUGAAUACUGUCGACAAUAGGAGCAGAGGAAGGAAGAAAAAGCAAGCAAAGAAGGAUUACUUUAGUACUUGAAAGCAAGUUGUUGCUUCCAAAUAAUUGCAAGACUUGAUUUUCAGCUCUUAUAAUAGCAAGAAAAAGCAAGUCAUUGCAUAAGUUGUAUGCUUAGCAUGCUUUGAUCUUUCGUAGUUCAAUUAUUUGUUUACAUGUGAUGCUUCGAAUUCAUGCUUUUAAGCGAAGAAGAAUUUAACUAUGAUUAAUGCCA